CAGAGUUCCUGACGCGAUGGCAAGAACCAAGCAGACCGCUCGUAAAUCCACCGGUGGUAAGGCGCCGAGGAAGCAGCUCGCCACUAAGGCUGCCCGCAAGAGCGCCCCAGCUACUGGCGGUGUGAAGAAACCUCACCGUUACAGGCCAGGUACCGUGGCUCUGCGUGAAAUCCGCCGUUAUCAGAAGUCCACUGAGCUGCUCAUCCGUAAGCUGCCCUUCCAGCGCCUGGUUAGAGAGAUCGCUCAGGACUUUAAGACCGAUCUGCGCUUCCAGAGUUCUGCCGUCAUGGCUCUGCAGGAGGCCAGUGAGGCUUACCUGGUCGGUCUGUUCGAGGACACCAACCUGUGCGCCAUCCAUGCCAAGAGGGUGACCAUCAUGCCUAAGGACAUCCAGCUGGCCCGCCGUAUUCGCGGAGAGCGUGCUUAAACAAACCCACUCCAUCCAGUUAUCCCCAAAGGCUCUUUUAAGAGCCACUUACAUGCUUCCACUGAAAUAAGCACUUUCAUAAAGUGUUUUUAUUUAUUUAUUGUUCCAUUGUGUGUGCGUGUUCCGAGUUAUAAUUUAGUUAUAUUUAUCAGUUAUAAAUAUUAGGAAAAACUGUUUAAUGUGUUUCUGUUAGUAGAGAUGUACUUUACAUGUUCUUACAACAAUUAUAAACACGGUUAUAUAAGUACAGCAGAUUAAAGAUUGGCAGGCAUGGCUGGAUUACUGACCGGGCCAGCGCCCAGGGGCCCUUGAGGUCAGGGGGCCCUGGCCCAAAACUCUUU